AACAUUUCCUAUGUUUUCAAAGCGGACGGAAUCUUCAAACAGCGCACCAGAGCUUUUUUUAAUAGAUUCGUUCCAAAGGAAGCUAUUGACUGACUGAACAAUAUAGCUGCGUAAGAAAUUGUCAAUCAACUUCAAAAUUUAGCCCAAUUGCUGGACACAACACAAAGUUCUAGAAAGUUUCAAGACACGAGGGUGACUCCGAACUAAGGGGGAAGCUGUUGUGCAAUUUCUUUCCAUUCGUUCACAUUUCCGUGGAUAUUUGACGAACGUUGGAAUUCAGAGAGGAUAAAAAAAUGCCUGACCGAGCGCCCGUGGCCACCCACAACGAAACUGGUAAAAUGAUGUUGUGUCAUGUCUUUCGGCCAUGUAAACUAAUCAUGUGGAGCUCAUGGAUCAUUUUCUUCUUAGUCAAUUUGGAGACGCAAGCAUUUAGCGUAACUGUGAACUUAACUAAUGGCCCAGGAUCAUAUGCUGGCCGAGUACAAGUAAAAUACAAUGGAAGUUGGGGUCAAGUCUGUGAUUAUGGUAUAAGCAUGAAUUUUGGUCACGUGAUAUGCAGACAGCUUGGUUACCCACAAGCCAUUGCCACCCCAUGUAAUAAUGCUUUUGGCCGAGGAAAUGUUCACUAUUGGAUGACUGAUGUCAGAUGUAAAGGAAAUGAAAGCAGCUUGGCUGAAUGUGAUUACACUUGGGGAAAAGCUGGUUGUUCUAUGGGACUUAAAGGCACUGUGGGAGUAGUCUGUGAAAGGCCCAACAUGACAGUCACUUAUCCUCCACCCCUUCGCCUUGCCCAUACCACAGUACCCUAUGCUGGGUGUGUUCAAGUGAAAUAUGCAGGGAUCUGGGGCCAGAUUGGGAUGUUUGGCUGGGAUCUAGAAGAUGGCCGCGUUGCCUGCAGACAACUUGGGUACAGGGAUGUAUUGACAGUUCUGUAUAGAUGGAAUUACACGUCACAGAUGUUAACAUGGAUGGACAUUGUAAAGUGCACUGGCAAUGAACAAUCUUUGUCAAACUGUAGCUAUGAACUUGUCACAUACAGAAGUGCAGAGUGGACUAAUGCGGGAGUGGUUUGCAAAAAUAAUAGUAAAACAGGUCUUCAAAUUCAUCUUCAAAAAUGGUCGGUUUCUUAUGCCGGACGCAUCGAAGUAUUUUUGGCAGGAAAAUGGGGUGCAAUUAACAGCUACAAUUGGCAGCUAGCAGAUGCUCAUGUGGCAUGCAGACAGCUGGGUUUCUCUGGAGCUGAUCUGGCCAUCCAUGGGGCUGCAUAUGUUUUUGCCCCAAAGUUUUCUGGGAACUCAAUGGACAUUCAAUGGCUAGACAAUGUUGAGUGUCGUGGAAGUGAAUCUUCAUUGGAUGAAUGCCCACAUGAAGUGUCCUUUGUUCGUGUGGGAGUGCUUGAGGCUGGUGUAGUAUGUAAAACCAAAAGUGCAGUUAGUAAAAUCAGGCUUGCUGGAAGCAACAUGACUUACGCUGGCCGUAUUGAGGUUAACAUCGCGGGUGUCUGGGGUACAAUCCGAAAUAGGGGCUGGAAUAUUACGUCUGCACAUGUGGCGUGCAAAGAGCUCGGUUACCCAGGAGCUGAAACUGCCAUCUUGUUUGCUACUGAAACCUUUGGACAAGGGGAAGGACCUGUCUGGAUGUCAAACCUUAAUUGUCAGGGACACGAAAGCACAUUAUGGGAAUGUUCCUGGUCCAGGAUAGCUGGCAUCUAUUGGGACCAUUAUAAUGAUGCUGGUGUAAUUUGUCGUGUAGAGGAUCCCAGUGAGUACAAGCUUGGUUUACAUUUUGCCUUAAUUCCCUUAGGAAGCCAGUCUUUCAUGAGUCUUCUUCCGAGGGGUACCCUGGGGGUAGCCGUGAAAUGGUUCUUUAUCUUAUUUUGUCCUACGUAUCUCGUCUUUGAGGAAACGGAACAUGGCAGUCUGUUGGAAUAUCUUAAGAAAAACCGGAUGGGUGAUGAAAUGAAUUCUACACGAAACUUUUGCACGUUAUCCAAAGUGGAAAAAUUAAGAAUAGCUCUUGAUGUGUCUAGAGGAAUGAAGCACAUAACAGAGAGAAAUUGCAUCCAUAAAGGUCUCGCUGCCCGAAACGUUCGUCUUGGUAAAAAUUGCAUCGCCAAAGUCGCUAAUAUAGGCUGCUUUAGUGCUGGAUGCGAUAAGACAUUCUAUGAAGACAUUGCAAAGGGAAACUUAUCAGAAGCAAGAUGGAUGGCCCCAGAAAGCUUAGAAACAAAGGAUUUCACGUCUGAGAGCGAUGUAUGGUCUUUUGGCGUAUUACUUUGGGAGAUUGAAACUGGAGGUGAUGUUCCUUAUCCUGGAGUUCAGACAAAAGAUCUUCUGGAAAGCUUAAAAUCUGGACAUCGUAUGGAUAAACCUGUGAAAACUUCUACUGUUGUCUAUGAAUUGAUGACCAAGUGUUGGCGGUUCUCAGCCAUAGACAGACCAAAGUUCAGUGAACUGUGCAUGGUGCUUGACACCCUGGUUACCAGGGAGACCUACGAUUGAUAAAAAUGGCAGAUUGUCUCUCUCGAAAGAUCCUCAAUGAAAACAAAUUUUUUUCGUUUUAUCUUCAAGAGCCAACUUUUGGUCGGUAACUAAAUUCCUAGCUCAUACAGAUUUAACUUCCAAAUAUUUUGUUGAUUACAGCUUCCAAACAUACCCUAGCUGCUUGGUGGUUUAUCUCGUUGGUCACGUGACUGCGCAGUGUUAUGAUCAACUGUGAAAAAUAAAGAAAGAUUAAUGACCAUUUAAAGGAAAAUUAAUAGAACGCCACUGAAAAUAAUUGUUUAUGUCUAAAAAAACCCUUUUAAAUGAAAAAUUAGUUUAUUAGUACUUUGAAAUAGUUUAAUUUGUUGUACAGCGUUUGCAUGUAGAUAUUUACUAAGAGUAGAAUGCUUUUAUUGCUUGCAAAUAAACUUGACAUAACUUUUGCGAUGCUAGGAACUGCUUUGCCAGAUUUAUCCACGUAACUUUAUCUGCGACAGGCUAAAGGACUUACAAUACAUUUUAUUUUACUUUAAAGGGGCGGCACCGACAUUUGGGCAUGCGUGAACUACAGGCGCCAACCUUUAAGCUUUAGCGUUUUUCUUCUCGAAAGCGCAUGCCAUUACAAGAGACUAUACUAGUAUAACGAGUUUAAAAGUGGAGAUUACUUUCACAUAGGAGAUAAAAUAAAAAUUAACAUGAGUUUCACAACA